AAGCUUGCCAUAACCUUUUCGUAGUAACCUUGUCAUGACAGCCUUAAAGCAAGCCUCUAACAUGUUGACUAGGAAGGUUGUCAAAACCUUUUUAUAACCUUACACCCUGGGUUUCAACAAGGGUACAAACCGUGUCGUGACAAGGUUAGCGCAAGCUUGCUACAAGCUUAAUUGUUAUCUGGGUUGUGAUCUUAUUUUUUCAUGUUCUGUCUGAAUCCGAGAGGUUCCCUUUACUUUCUGGGUCACCCUGUAUAAAAAUUUUCAACAUCUAGCUAAGACUUAACCAUAUAAAAAUAAAAACAAAAUAUUACAGGGUAAAGAAAUAAAAAAAAUUCUACCUUAUUUUUUAAUUUUAUCCAAUCUUCUUGUAUAAUGUUUAACCUUCAAACACCGCUACUAGCAACCUUCAAAUGUAUACAAAUGCAUAACCAAAAUUAAAUUUUUUAUUUUGAGAGACUCUCUUUAUACCCGUUUUAUUGUAAAGUCGAACCGAGUGUUGACGGGGAGCCCCUCCUUUCAAGCUAUAGCAAUUAAUAUCAAUAAAUUAUUAAACUAGAAGGAUGACUUUAUUUACCAAAUAAACUGCUCCACAAAAAUUAAGGAAGUUCGCAAAUUUAGCUAAUAUUUUAAAAGUUACAGACUUUUUGAUCACCAAAUUAAAUGUUUUCUCUCAUAUCUGAGUGGAUUUUUUGCUCCUACCUCUACAAUUCAUACAAAAUUUGGCGAUCAAAAAACCUGCAACAUUUAAAUUAAUCUCAAUAUUUGUAAACUUCCUUAACUUUUGUGGAGCAGUAUAUAUUACAUUACCGGGUUAAACUAUACAAGUAUUUGUAACAAUUAUAAAACAGGUAUCAUUAAAUUUGUUUCCAAUGCGCGCUCAAACAAUAAAAAAAACUGUCAAUGCACAAUCGAAAAUUUUAAUACAAACAAGUCCACUAUGCAGCCAUGGACUAGUUCGUGAACUGCCCAAACUCUGAUUGGGAACAAAUCUAUUAUGCCAAAAAAAACGGAAAAUGUCAAAUACACUGUUCACGCAUCAUCGCAAAUGUUAUGAAUCUCGCGCAUUUAAUUCUUCUAAUAACAUUCAUGCUUCCAAAAAUCAACUCCAACGAACUGAACGAGCAAGUCGUGUUCCCGCAGGACCCCAUUGACCAGCAGACCCAAACAGAAACUCCCGAUGAAAACGUAGAGCUGUUUAAAGUGUGCGAAGACGGAUUGGGCUGCAUCGAAACCGAUCAAACUUGGUACCAUAAAGAGUACCGUCCCGUUAACCUUAAACCAUUGCCCCGGCAUAUCGUCAAAACAGAUUUUGUUCUAAUUAAAAAACCGAAUCAGCAAGACGAGCAAUUGUUAUAUGCGAGUUUCCAGCCUAAACAGGACUCGAUCAAAAGGGCUGGUUUUUGCAAUGAAUCCGAACUGAUGAUCAUGAUACAUGAUUUUACUGCAAACGGUUAUACUGGUUGGAUUAAGCAUUUAUCCCUCUCAAUAUUGGAGAACGCGAUAGAUUACAACUUAGUGUCUGUUGAUUGGCAAAGAGGUGCAGAAGCUCCGUUCGACCAGGCUAUUGCAAAUGCACGAUUAGUGGCUCUGGAAAUUAAUAUUCUCCUGAAGGAAUUAAAGGAAAAAAUGAAUUACUCUCUGGAUAAUGUUCAUGUAAUUGGCCAUGGAGUGGGAGCGCACAUAGCCGGAUAUGUUGGAGCGAUUCAUAGUAAAAUAAAGAAAAUAACAGGUUUGGAUCCGAGUGGGCCGAGGUUUCAGGGGAUGCCUUAUAACGUUAAAUUGAAUCCUAGAAGCGCUAAAUACGUUCAAGUUAUACACACGGAUUUUUAUCACACUAAAAGCCAAGGAAUUAAUGAAUCAUUAGGACAUAGCGAUUUCUACGUUAACGGAAACGAAGAACAACCAGGUUGCUCGGAAAAUUCGACCGUUGGCGAAUUGACGUCAUUAGAACGGGGAAGUUUAAACGAGGGAGAAAUCCUGCCGGGUUGCAGCCACAAAAGAGCUUUCAAGUAUUUUAUCGAGUCCAUUUCGAGCAAGAAUUGCACGUUUCAGGGCAUUCGAUGCAAUUCUCUGGACGAUUUCCAAAAUGGCAAAUGCGCCAGUUGCGAUGUACAAGGCCACGAUUGCAGAAUCUUUGGGUUAAAAAAUUACCUGGAGACAUCAGAGAACAACAUGUUUUUUCUCAAUACAGCGAAUCAUCCACCCUUUUGCAUGUUGGAAUAUAGAAUUACGAUACACAUUAAAGACGACGAAAAACAUGGUUAUUUUAAUUUUAUUUUAAUUGACGAAAGUGCCGAUAUAUCAAAGGCGUAUCCCGCAAGAAACGAGAAAAACACCAAGCCUUUAAUUGGAGAAUCGAAUGCAGCAAUUACUGGCAAUACCUUCCUUUACUUUGCCACGCAACCUAAGCUUGGAAAAUUGAAAGAAAUCAAAGCCAAAUGGAACGACAAAGGGACAGUUUAUAAAUUGUUCUGCAAGAAAUCGAUUAAAGUUCAGAAAAUUACCGUUUUAUUUUUAGGCACUGGCGAAGAUGAUGGAAGCGAAGAAACACACUUUUGUCCUCCUACGACAUACGUAGAAAUUGAAAAUGGAUCUUACGUUACAUUCAAAAAAUGCAGCGAAAAAUCUGCAACCACGACGGAAUCUUCUGAAAAAAUAGUGGCUACAAGAUCGGCUCAUUAUAGAAAAGAAUAUAACUUCUCUUCCACGGGAGCGAAUGAAGUUACGAAACGAAUAAUACACAGUCAUGAAUUACGAACGGUGAAACUCAAGGCGGACGUUAAAAGGUUCGAAACAGGGUCUACAAAUAAGCCUAAUAAACCAAAUACUGCAAGUACAAGUAUUCGUCAAAUUAAAUAUAAAAAAAUUAGUAUGUCCGGAAAGACAACUCCAUCGACUAGUACAGUUCAUGUUCGAACUACCAACAAAUCGAAAAACCGGAAAAACUUUUAUUCGAAAAAUUUGAAAAAGAAAGAAGACAACUGGGAAACAUUUAUAAAUAAUGAAGAUAAAACAACUAACGAAACGUCCGAAGAUGCCGAUUAUCAACAACUUUUAUCAUCUUUAUCCACAUCAGAUGAAAGAACUACAACAACAUUACCUCACACAAAACAGUUAUAUGAAGAUUCUAAACGUGGUCAACAUAACAUCCAAAACAAACAGCAAGUUAAUUCAAUACAAGAUGAAGAAAAUUUAAUAAAAGCCAGUCCUCUAAAAUCCAAAUACACCACUAAACCCGCAAAAAAAUUAUUUACAAGUAAAAUCCUCCAUCCAAACAUAAUAAAAUCUCUAAAUCAGCAAAAUAAAGAAAUCGUAAAUGAAAUGUAUGAUUCUACAACUGAAGCACCUUUUAUAAAUUCCGAAAAAUCAGUCAGUAACCACAAAAAUAAAGUGGCGAAUUCUUCAAAGUGGACAAAAUCAAAAACUACAAUUGAAUAUGAGCCAGUUGAAGAUUCAACACAAACUGUUAAUGCUUUAAAAGAAAAUCUAAACGAAAUAGAUGAAAACAAUGAGACAGAAUCGAAAAUACAUCAUAUAAAAGACACAAAUAAUUUAAAUGAAGGCAAAAACAUAGCUCCAGUAGAAGAUUCUGCAAUAGAAAUUCAUACUGAAGGAACAAACAGAUUUAGUAAAAACAAAAAUAUAGCCCCAAUAGAAGAUUCUACGAUAGAACUUCAAAUUGAAGAUACAAAUAAUAAUAUCAGUAAAGAAAAGAGCAUAGUUCCAGUAGAAGAUUCUACAGAAGAACUUCAUAGUGAAGAAACAGAUAAUGAUAUUAGUAAAGAGAGAAACAUAGAAUCGGUAGACGAUUACUAUACAAAACGUCAAGAAAUUGCAACUGAAAAAACUUCGACCUCAAAACAAUCGGUCAAAUCACAUUAUAACGCGCGACUAAAGAAUGAAGAGUUGAAAGCAUUCAAAGAUAGUUUAAACACUAUACCCAACGAGGACUCUACUAACGAAAAUUUAGACGAAUUAUUAGAAACUGUAUAUGACGAUGACGAUUCAAAAUCAACAGAAACCGAUACAACUAUCUUUAACAUCGACAAAACUUCGGAUACAACCAGAAUCAAAUCUCACACCGGAAAAUCCGAUCAAUUGAGCGCCAAAUGGAAAGUGUACCUCGAUAAAAUGUCGAAAGACAUCGAAGACUCUAAUAAAAUUCCGUCUACUUCUAAAAUAUGCGUUUCAAGCGAACAUCAUCACUACACGACAAAUGAAUAUUUAUCGACUGCAAAACUUUAUGCUUUAUUACCACGUAUUCAAACAGAAUCGGAACUAAUAACACAAGACGAUAUCGACGGCAAAUGGAAAGUCAAUUCCGAAAAAAUGGAGAAAGUGUUUAAUGAGACGUACGUGGAUAAAAAUAGACAAAAUUUAUUUACCACUCAAACACAAGUACCAACGAAAUCGCCGUCGACGUUUGGUAGAAAUAGGUACGAAUUAGAGUAUGAUAACAUCACAAGCGAGUCGUUAUUUCAAAAUACGAACGUUUAUUCUAGUAAAACAUCUGAAAGCAAAGCCAAAUUCACUACACGAAACGUACAAGACAAUAAUGAUUUUACUGUAAGCCCACAAAAUAUUUCAACAACUCUUACUGAAGACGAAAACUUGGAAGGUGAGAUGGGCACAAGUUUGAAUGAAGACGAAGAUCUCGAAAGCACUACUAAAUCAAGCUACUUAAAUAUCUACCCUACCAAAAUUAAUGAAGAUGUUGCUUCUAUUACAAAAGGUAAAAAUUAUGAGUCUCCUGACUUAGAAUCAAAUUACAUAAUUGAUGCUAAAGAUAAUGAAUUUGACCAAAAGUCCUCAACUAUAGAAAAACACAAUAAAGUUACAGAUUAUAGUACUAAUGCACCAGAUGCAGAAAGCUAUGACAUCAAAAAUCCCAUCAAGAAACACAUCAAAUCAACUAAACUUAAAACAACCAAGAGAAAUAUCAAAACUACAGCAACCACCCCAAUAUCUAAUACACUAAAAGUGUAUUUUAUUCCAGGUUUCCUGGAGGAAGAUAAAAACAAACACCAAAUUAUCCACGAAUACAUCACCAAGAAUAACGUAAAGGAGAGUGAUGUACCUACAAGUGGAAGCUCCUUCCAACCUUUCAAUCCAAUUGAACAUCAAAUUGACUAUAUUAUCGAUAGUGUUACUAAGGAUAUUGACAGAGAUUCAACUUUGCCAGAAAACGAGUAUGUAGAUGAUUUCAAGAAUGAUGUAAAAAAAUAUAUCGAUAAAAAUAAAUAUUACAAUAAGAAAGUUAGUCGAAUCAACAAAAAUAAACAUGCUUAUAUUAAAAAAUUGGGACAGUCUGCUCGAGAGGAGAAUGCUGAUAUUUCAAAGGUGAAGAAGUUCAGAGGCAUAUUUCUACCGAAUGGUGAUUUAUCAGAAGAACUUACAGUUAAUACAGAAAUAAAACCAACUUGUACAGAUAAUAACGAAGUAAAUGAACAAGAAAAAAAAGCAAAUAAUGAUGGAUCCGGAGAAAAUGAUGAAACUGAAAAUUUAAAAACGGAAUUAAACAAUGAAAUUCAGCAAACAGAAGAUCUGGAGUUGACAACAAAUAUACAGAAGAAUGUUGUACCUGUCAAUAUAAAAUUGCAUACUAAAAAACCUGUACCAAAGAAGUUCAGUCGUGAUCCAUUAAAAAAAUUUUUACUAAAAUUCAAAAAUAAUGAAAUGAUACCACCAAAAGACUUGUACGAGGACAAAGCACAUACAAGCAAAAUGCAACAAACAAUAUCUACAUCUACAGCAGAAAACGAAGUUUAUUCGAGUUCCAGUGUGCCACGAUUAAUCCCAAUCCUGGUUAUAGAUGAAAAUGUACUGGAAUCCCCACAUAAUGAAAUUACCCCGAAAACGUUGUCAGAAGAUAAGGAAAUGUCGACGAAAGAUGAACAAUUUAGGCCCCACUUAAAAUCAUAUUCAACGAAAAAACCUCGUUACACGACAAAUUGUGAAGAAGAUAAUUCAUUGCCAACGAACAGCAAAAUAAAAGUUUUACACACAAAAACAAUAUAUCACCCGAAAAGUGUCAAUUAUUAUUCUAAUGGUAUUGAAGAUAGAGUUAAUUCUCUUAUAAAAAAUAUCACAAAAAUAUUAAACUCGGCCACAGAUAACCCUUUCAACAAUGUAAAUUUACUCGAAUAUUAUUCGUUUAAAUCAACCACAGAAUCGCUAUUUAUUUCUGAAGACAUGAAAAGACAAAUAAAAAAUUACCUAAUCAAGAGAAAAUAUCCUGGUACGUUAAAAUACAUGAAUAAGGAAAGAAUUAAAGAAGAUAUCAGAAGGCAAAUUCAAGAAUACAUGUCUAAAAGUAAGUUAAAAAUGAAGAGGAAAAAAGUAUAGGCGUUUAUACUAGUUUAUAUUUUACAAUAAUUCGCGAAACAAUAUACUCGUACAAUCCAUUUAUUAACUUAACAAUAAGAAUAAACAGUAAGAUUUCUACAAAAAAACUUUUUAAUUAGCCGGUGUAUAUGAAAGAUUUAGAAUAAAAAUAGAUAGGAUAUUUGAAGUGUCAAGAUUUUUCUAUACAGUGUGUUUGUUCAUAACAUGCUAAUAUUUAAGGGGUCGAUUUUUGGACCCAUUUUAUGAAAAAAAACUUACUAAAUUCUACCUAAUUUUAUAAUACAAAU